UAGAUCGUGUCCCAUUGAUUAGUGGAGAAAGUAGUGAAGAUGGAAGGAGGCGACAAUGCUGAAAAGAAGAAAUGUAUGUAUUAGCAGGGUGAUAUCAAUUUGUUCACCUCUUCGGACCAGCAGAGGACUUUGAUACCAGGAACCUGGCAGAUAGCAUGAAAAUUUAGACCUAAACCGAAUUCUUCUCCUACCCCUACGGCUUCUACCCUUCCCUGACAUUUAGUCCUCCAAACGCCCCUACAAAUGGAGGGGUAGGAAGAAACCGCUGGGGUAGUUGUGGCUGCAUUGCAAAUGAAGGAACAUGUUGGCGAUGGACCAAGGAGUGGUGGAGGAAUGGUUGUCAGAAUUUAAGACUCUCCCUGACAGUGCCAUCUCCACCUAUGCUGUCUCACUGAAGGACAAAGGCGCCCUGGUCCCAGCUCUCUACAAAGUUAUACGGGAAAACUACAGUGAUCUGCUGGAGCCGGUUUGUCACCAGUUGUUUGAGUUUUACCGGAGCGGUGUGCCGCAGCUGCAACGUUUCACGCUGCAAUUCCUGCCAGAACUCCUGUGGAGCUUCCUGUCCGUCAGUGCUGCCAGGGACCCCCACACCUCCGGCUGCAUCGAGGCCCUUCUGCUGGGCAUUUACAACCUGGAAAUAGUUGAUAAAGAUGGUCAAAGUAAAAUCCUGUCCUUCACAGUCCCAUCUCUCUCCAAACCCUCAGUGUAUCAUGAGCCUUCAGCCAUUGGCUCCAUAGCUCUCACAGAGGGAGCUUUAGCCAAUCACGGACAAAGCAGGGUGGUGUACAGCGGGCCGCACCUCCAGAGAGAAACCUUUAACGCACAGAACAGGUUUGAGGUGCUGACCUUCCUGCUGCUGUGCUACAAUGCUGCUCUCAGCUACAUGACAACCACCUCCCUGCAGUCCCUCUGCCAGCUCAGCUCCAGGGUGUGCAUAUGUGGUUACCCACGGCAACAGAUGCGGCGCUACAAAGGCAUCAGCACACGACUGACUGUCACGUCAGAGUUCCUGGUCCAGCUCAUCACAGGAAUCCAUUAUGCCUUAUGCAAUGGUGAGGUUGAAGUGGGAUCUAAAGCUCUGGAUGAUGUUCUCUAUCGAGCCCAGCUGGAGUUGUUCCCUGAAGCGCUUUUGGUGGGUAAUGCCAUCAAGUCAUCGCUGCACGGAGCAGCUCUGAAGAGCAACAACAAGGAGGGCACAAGGAGCAUCCAGGUGGAGAUCACCCCCACCUCCUCUAGGAUCUCCCGCAAUGCUGUCACUUCCCUCUCUAUACGAGGGCACCGCUGGAAGAGACACGAUGCAGUGGAUCUGGGUUCCCCGGAUGAGCUGAUGGAUAUCUCUGAGGUGGAUGAAGGCGAUUGGCCCGUUGGGCUGGGCUCUGACAUGACCCCGCCCACCAUCACCAUCAGCAACAGCGUCACGACAUUAAACCUCGGCAUAAAGGCCAUUAAGAAGUGUCGGCUCGGCGGGCGCAGCAGCAAAGACAAGGAAGCGGGGCCUCUAACAGCCGUCCGGGCCGCCAGCGAGAGCGCAGAGCUGUCUGUCAAGCGCCUGACACUCACUUCCAGCCAGUCUGUCCCGAAGGCCGGGGCUCUGACCAGCCUGACCCGCACUGCCAGCGCCGUUUUCUCCCGCUCUUUUGAGCAGGUCAACAGUGGCAACGGCCCCGCCGGCAACCACGUGGCUUCAGAGGCUGGCCGCUAUUCCUGCAGCCUGCAGGAGGAUGGGAUGGGGUACUUGAGUCCCAUGCCAAACCACACCCAGCGCUCCCCGAGCAUUAGCAUUCACCUUGGCUCUGACCUUUGAACCCUUUAGCACUCCUGACUGUAUGGACCCCUAUCUCUGAUUCUGUGACCCCGUGACCCCGUAUCUGUGAUCUGGAACUUCAAGCCAUGCCAAUUCUGGACCACAAAAUUGUGAAGCCUUUCCUUUCCCGCCGUUUGUCCCUUCUAAAAUAUUUUCGGUAUUUUUCCGUGUCUGUGCUGUAAACCGGCUCUAAACUUCGUUCAAACACUCAUGGCCGCCUCUGCUUUUCUUGUCUGCAGUCUUUUGUGAGCUUGACAGACGCCGGUCGUCAAAAAAAUAUCUAUAUAUACAAAAAAACGACGCCUUCAGUUCCACUGGAUUUAGUCAGAGUUGCCGCACGACUGAACGGUUGUGAAUGAAUGCACUGAAAACAAACGCAUCACUAGCAUUGGGAAAUAAAUCUUCUGGAGUUUGUUGCUCUGCAUGGCUUCUCUGUACAUCCAUCCUGGUGUUGCCCUGUUGUUUAGGGGCAGCUGUAACGGUAUCUGUGCACAACUGAAUGUGUGUGUGUGUGUUUGGAGAUGAGUGUGUGUGUAUAUAUUGUGCAUUUGUGUAACUGUUUUUAAAAACAAGGCUGCUGAUUGGUUGAUUGAUACAGUGAACACGGUAUGAUACUGUUUGAAGGAAAUGUUUCUACUACUUUUUUAUUCAUGGUAAAUACCUUCUCAUAGCAAUACAACUACCCUUCUAAUAUUUUUUUUGUCUGAUUUUUGCUUUUGAUUUGUUUUUUUUUUAAAAGUAAAGUCCAAAUUCUUCCUAAAAAAACACACUUUGUGCAAUAUCAAGCAUAAAAGUGAAUAAAAGGUUCUUUUUGUUUACAAUCAGACAGUAUUCUUGUCAAAAUGGAGAAGCAAUACUUACCUAGCCUGCUCUCAAAGCACCUUUGUUAAUUGCUGUCUAUUUGCUGAUUUAAAUACAUUCACUUUUCAAAUGACACCUGAUUUUAGAAUAUUUUGGGGAAUUAUAAAUUUGUAUAAUUAGCAAAGUAUUGAAUUUUGCACAAGGGAAAAGCAAAAUGUUAUUUUUCUCCUCAUGGUAUUUUAAUAAAAACAGAUUGCAAAUUGUAUUUUUCUGGGGAAAAAUGUCUUGAUGCUCCAAACAAAUUUAGUUUUUUUGCACCCUGAGCAGCAUGGAAUAAAACUGUCCUAAUUUUUUCUGUAGGUUAAAAAAUGUGAUGCCUUAAGGUUUUUUUUUUUUUUUUUUUAAGAAUCGUUGAGUGUUCAGUGCUGGGAACAUCACAUCAGGGGCAACGAGGCAUCUUUUCUGUCUUUGAAUCAACUCUCCCUUUCAAAUGUCUCUGUGUCCUCUUUCGUUUAAUUUUGUCAUUUCGCUGAGAUGCAACGAUCAAAAAGUGAAAAAAUAACUGAAAGUAUCUGCUCCCACUGAUGUUCUAAAUCCAGCAGCGAUGCUGCGUCAUCCUGAGGCAUACUUGUGUCAUGUCGUGUGCUGUAGCUGUUGUGUCCAUAGCUUUGGUGGAACGAUACCUAUGUUUCUAUGUAUGUGGGUUUACAGUAAAAAUUGUAAGCUAUUGUACAUCUUACUGUUAAAGGUGGUUAUAUUGGCCUUUAUAUGUUUAAAACAAAAGUAAUUCUCUGCUGCAACUUAUGGGGAAUAAAGUGUUUCUAUAUUUCA